GCCAUUUUAAGAAGAUACAUACAUCUGAAAACAAGUGCUUAAAUUGCCUAAAUUGCGAACAAAACGGCCCGCUGAGCCGAAAAAAGACCAACGAACGCGACUCGAGUGUGUGCGAUUGAGUGUGUGACUGCAAUGCGCGGCUCGCCCGGGUGAUCCGGCUGUGCCAGGUGCCCAGGUUUGCUCGACACUCCACUCCACUCCAUUCGUCGCCUCGACCAAUACAAACAACGGGCGGGGAGGCGGAGGCGAAGGAGAAGGUGAAGGCGAAGGCAAGGCGGCCAACGAAGGUGCUCCACGGUUCCACGGCGCACAGGAGUAGGAGGAUGUUCUCGGGAGCCAGCGGCCAUGCCCACCAUACCCACCACCACACCAUUGGCUACGGGGGCGGGAUCGGUCUGGGUGGCGGAGGAGGAGGAGGAGGAGGUGGCGGGUCCGGAGGUGGUGGCUCCGGAGGCGCUGGAGGGGGCGUGGCUGGUGGCCUGCAGGACUGCGAUGGCUAUGACUUCACCAAAAGCGAGAAUGCAGCCAGGUGGCGGGGUUUGUUUACCCCGUCGCUGAAAAAAGUGCUGGAGCAAGUGCAUCCGCGGGUGACCGCCAAGGAGGAUGCCCUGCUCUACGUGGAGAAGCUCUGCCUGCGGCUGCUGGCGCUGCUCUGCGCCAAACCGCUGCCCCACUCCGUCCAGGAUGUGGAGGAGAAGAUCAACAAAUCCUUCCCAGCGCCCAUUGAUCAGUGGGCUUUAAACGAGGCCAAGGAGGUGAUCAACUCGAAGAAGCGCAAGUCUGUCCUGCCCACGGAACGGGUGCACACGCUGCUGCAGAAGGAUGUGCUGCAGUACAAGAUCGACAGCUCCGUUUCCGCCUUCCUGGUGGCCGUGCUCGAGUACAUCUCCGCGGACAUCCUCAAGAUGGCCGGCGACUAUGUGAUCAAGAUCGCCCACUGCGAGAUCACCAAGGAGGACAUCGAGGUGGUGAUGAAUGCCGAUAGAGUCCUGAUGGAGAUGCUCUACCAGAGCGAGGCCCACAUCCUGCCCAGCCCGUUGUCGCUGCCCGCCCAGCGGGCGAGUGCCACGUACGAGGAGACGGUGAAGGAGCUGAUCCACGACGAGAAGCAGUACCAGCGCGACCUGCACAUGAUCAUACGCGUCUUUCGCGAGGAGCUGGUCAAGAUCGUUUCGGAUCCAAGGGAACUGGAGCCUAUAUUCUCCAACAUCAUGGACAUUUACGAGGUGACGGUCACGCUGCUGGGCUCCCUCGAAGAUGUGAUUGAGAUGUCCCAGGAGCAGAGUGCUCCCUGCGUGGGCAGCUGCUUUGAGGAACUCGCGGAGGCCGAGGAGUUCGACGUGUACAAGAAGUACGCCCACGACGUGACCUCACAGGCCUCCUGGGAUGCCCUCAGCAAUCUCCUGUCCAAACCAGGGGCCUCAUCCCUGACCACAGCGGGCCAUGGAUUUCGCGAUGCCGUCAAAUACUAUCUGCCCAAGCUGCUGCUGGUGCCCAUUUGCCAUGCCUUCGUCUAUUUCGACUACAUCAAGCAUCUCAAGGAUCUCAGCUCGUCGCAGGACGACAUCGAGAGCUUCGAACAGGUCCAGGGCCUGCUGCAUCCGCUGCACUGCGAUCUCGAGAAGGUCAUGGCGGGUUUAUCCAAGGAGAGACUGGUGCCCGUCAGCGGCCGCGUUCGCCGCCAAAUGGCCAUCGAGCGAACGCGGGAGCUGCAGAUGAAGGUGGAGCACUGGGAGGACAAGGACGUGGGCCAGAACUGCAAUGAAUUUAUUCGCGAGGAUUCGCUGAGCAAGCUGGGCUCGGGCAAACGAAUCUGGAGCGAGCGCAAGGUGUUCCUCUUCGACGGGCUCAUGGUGCUGUGCAAGGCAAACACCAAGAAGCAGACACCUUCGGCGGGAGCAACGGCCUACGAUUAUCGUCUGAAGGAGAAGUACUUCAUGCGACGCGUUGAUAUCAACGAUCGGCCCGAUAGCGACGAUCUGAAGAACAGCUUCGAGCUGGUUUCCAGGAUGCAGCCGCCCAUUGUGCUGACGGCCAAGAAUGCGCAGCACAAGCACGAUUGGAUGGCAGACCUCUUAAUGGUGAUUACAAAAUCCAUGCUGGACCGACAUUUAGACAGCAUACUGCAAGACAUUGAGCGCAAGCACCCGCUGCGCAUGCCCAGUCCGGAGAUUUACAAGUUUGCGGUGCCGGACAGCGGGGACAAUAUCGUUUUGGAGGAGCGCGAAAGCGCCGGAGUGCCGAUGAUCAAGGGGGCGACGCUGUGCAAGCUGAUCGAGCGGCUAACCUAUCACAUCUACGCCGAUCCGACCUUCGUGCGCACCUUCCUCACCACAUAUCGUUACUUCUGCUCGCCGCAGCAGCUGCUGCAGCUGCUGGUGGAACGCUUUAACAUACCGGAUCCCAGUUUGGUUUACCAGGACACUGGCGCAUCAGGAGCUGGAGGAAUCGGCGGCGUGGGCAGCGACAAGGAGCACAAGAACACGCAUCGCGAGGACUGGAAGCGCUACCGCAAGGAGUAUGUGCAGCCAGUGCAGUUCCGAGUGCUCAACGUGCUACGCCAUUGGGUCGAUCAUCAUUUCUACGACUUCGAGAAGGAUCCCAUGCUGCUGGAGAAGCUGCUCAACUUUCUGGAGCACGUCAAUGGGAAGUCGAUGCGCAAGUGGGUGGACUCGGUGCUCAAGAUUGUUCAGAGAAAGAACGAACAGGAGAAAAGCAAUAAGAAGAUUGUGUACGCCUAUGGCCACGAUCCGCCGCCCAUUGAACAUCAUUUGAGUGUUCCCAAUGACGAGAUUACGCUCCUCACCCUGCAUCCACUGGAACUGGCCCGCCAGCUCACCUUGCUGGAAUUCGAGAUGUACAAGAACGUGAAGCCCUCGGAGCUGGUCGGUUCGCCUUGGACGAAGAAGGACAAGGAGGUGAAGAGCCCGAAUCUAUUGAAAAUCAUGAAGCACACCACAAACGUGACCCGCUGGAUCGAGAAAUCCAUUACCGAGGCGGAGAACUACGAGGAGCGGCUGGCCAUCAUGCAAAGGGCCAUCGAGGUGAUGAUGGUGAUGCUGGAAUUGAACAACUUUAAUGGUAUCCUCUCGAUUGUCGCGGCCAUGGGCACGGCAUCGGUUUACCGACUGCGCUGGACAUUCCAGGGAUUGCCAGAGCGCUACAGGAAAUUCCUGGAAGAGUGCCGCGAACUCAGCGACGAUCAUCUUAAAAAGUAUCAGGAACGAUUGCGAUCUAUCAAUCCGCCUUGUGUGCCAUUUUUCGGUCGCUACCUGACCAACAUCCUCCAUCUGGAGGAGGGAAAUCCAGACCUGCUGGCCAACACGGAGCUAAUCAACUUCUCGAAGCGACGGAAAGUGGCCGAGAUAAUUGGUGAGAUUCAGCAGUAUCAGAAUCAGCCAUACUGCCUCAACGAGGAGUCCACCAUUCGGCAGUUCUUUGAGCAACUGGACCCGUUCAACGGGCUGUCCGACAAGCAGAUGUCCGACUAUCUCUAUAACGAAAGCCUGCGCAUUGAGCCAAGGGGCUGCAAGACGGUGCCCAAGUUUCCUCGCAAAUGGCCCAGCAUUCCGCUCAAAUCGCCGGGCAUCAAGCCGCGUCGCCAGAAUCAGACCAACAGCAGCAGCAAGGUGUCGAACAGCACUUCGUCUGCUGCGGCGGCGGUACCGUCGACGGCCACCGCAAUAGCGACGGCAGCAGCUCCAUCUGUACACCCGGUUAACGCAGUGGAUCCAGCGACAGCCGGCGAACAAAGUCCGCAGCACAAUCCGCACGCGUUCUCCGUGUUCGCACCUGUCAUUAUACCCGGUGGAAAUACGAGAAGCUGGAGUGGAACGCCACAGCACACUCGAACGGAUCAGAACAACGGGGAGGUUUCGGUGCCGGCGCCACAUCUCCCCAGGAAACCAGGUGCCCAUGUUUGGGCCAACAAUGCAGCACUAACAAAUGCUUCCGCAAUGGAUGCGUUCAGUCCAGCGCUGCCAGAGCAUCUGCCACCGCAGUCCCUGCCGGAUACCAAUCCAUUUACAAUGAGCAUGUCGGACACCUCGGAUGCGCCGCCCUCGCCGCUGCCCAAGCUGGUGGUCAGUCCGCGACAUGAGACCGGCAAUCGAUCACCAUUCCAUGGGCGAACGCAGUACAGCCCAACGCAUAGUAUUGCCAGCACCGUGACGCUCACAGCAAUGAGCGGCGAGGAGUUCUGUCCGGGCGGCUUCUAUUUCAACAAUGCCCAACAGGGACAGCCGGCGGCAGUGCCCAUCUCGCCGCAUGUCAAUGUCCCAACGGCCUCCAAUCUGGAGUACCGAGCAGUGCCGCCACCACUGCCACCGCGACGCAAGGAGCGCACCGAGAGCUGUGCGGACAUGGCGCAAAAGCGACAGGCACCAGACGCACCCACAUUACCCCCGCGCGAUGGCGAACUCAGUCCGCCGCCGAUACCGCCACGGCUCAACCAUUCCGGAACAAUGAGCAGCUACUUGCGGCACAGCCACGGCAAGAGCAAGGAGUUUGUGGGCAAGAGCAGUCUGCUCCUGCCCAACACCAGCAGUAUUAUGAUACGCCGCAACUCGGCGAUCGAGAAGCGGGCGGCGGCAGUUAACCAGCAGUCAGAUCCGGCGAUCAGCACAACUCUGGUGACGGUGUCGCAGGUGGUGCCCACCGAUGAACCGCCGCCGCAAUCGAUCUCGCCCGCUGCCAGCUCCUCGACGACCACAUCACCGCUGACACCCGCCACGCCCAUGUCCCCGAACAUUCCCAGCCAUCCGGUGGAGAGCACGUCGAGCAGCUAUGCCCAUCAGCUGCGCAUGCGGCAGCAGCAGACGCAUCCGACGAUCUACUCGCAGCACCAUCAUCAUGCUCCCCAUCUGCCGCACCAUCAUCACCAGCACCAGCAUUCGAAUCCGACGCAAUCGCGCUCGUCCCCGAAGGAGUUCUUUCCGAUUGCCACGAGCCUCGAGGGCACACCCAAACUUCCACCAAAACCUAGUCUAAGCGCUAACUUCUAUAACAAUCCAGAUAAAGGUACGAUGUUUCUUUACCCAAGUACAAACCAAGAAUAAUUUAAAUUGCCUGGCGAUGUGAUAGGACAAAAAACUACGAGUAUGAUCCGUAUGAUUCAAAGUUGAGAGAACUGCCGGUGUGCAGAAAUAUAUGAACGGAACGUGAGUUAGAUAAGCGUAGGCACAGUUUAUGUAUUCUAGUUGGCAUACAUAUGUAUGCAAAUAUGGACCGAGUUGGAUCUGAUGAUUUUUAUUAUUCGAAACUCAUUAAACAAAGUAAAACUAAACAAAGGAAAACAACACACUCUCGUUUACACAAGAAGCACAGCAUAUACAUACACGCGAAUGCAAACACACAGAAACCAACAAGAAAUGCAAAAAAGAAAUUAUGUUAUUAUAUAAUUAUUAUUAUAAAUAUUUGUAAAUAUCGAGAACAUUGUAUUGAUCGUAGAACGUAAAACAAUAAAAUAUAACCCUAUUGUUAGACAGU